GAUACGACAGGAUCUUAAUUGGAUAGCUAUAGAUAUACAAAAGCUUGGUGGUAUUUUGUUUAAUAGAUUGAUUAAACUUUCCCCGAAUACAAUACAAUAAUCAUCUUAUUGAUGUGGUAUGGCCAAGCACUAUCUCACGAUUCUUCUCUCAAACUAUGGCAACCUUCGCAUGCUGCCUCUUAACCCCCACUUCCCUUACUUCCCCUUCUCCCCACCUCUUCAGCCUCUGCACCACCCAUUCUCGCUCCCUCUCCUCAUCCAUCACCCGCAACCCCUCAAUGCACCUCACAACCUCCUCAAACGCCCCCCUAAAUUCCGGCAAAAGCUUCAUCGUAAAUGCAUCCACCACAAAAUACAGAUACUCCAUAUCAUGUAGCAAAUCAACAACCGUAGGAUGGAACCCAAUCGAAACAGCAAAGGGCUUAAGGAGUGGAGAAUUGGUUGGGGAGCAGGAAUACGAAAAUUUGGUGGAGGGUUUGUAGGGCAUUCCGGAAGGAGGGAUGAUGGUUGGUGAUUCGGUGAUUACGGCUGUGAGGUGGUUUACG